AUGGCCCGGACUCGACGAUCAAGCAGGCGUCGCGUAGAAUCCGUACACACCACAGAAACAAAUGCUGCGUCUCCAAUUCAACCAGUCCGCUUCAUCACGCAAACCAGCUCAGAUCACCUACAGCAAAACAUCACCCUCAUCCCCCCAGGGCAAAUCCGUCUUCCGCAUCUAAACACAAAAGAAACGACCCUCCUCCGCAAAAAGCAAUCCCGCCUACGUGCAUCAGCAUCAACCACGAAAACAACCGCAGCAAACUACGGUCUACCCGCCUUGCAAGCUCUCUCCUCAACCCUCAUCUUCGCACAGCAUGAAGCAGGCACAGCAGUUUGCAUCCACCCAGAUGGCUGGCUCCUCACCUGCGCACACUGCUUCGGGGAGACGGAGGCCGAGUGGCGCUCCAACAGCCGGAAAUGGCUCUUGUAUUACACGGGCGAAGCCGUGCUCGUCGAGUGUAUAGCCUGGGACGCGAGGUGCGACCUCGCUCUCGCUAGAAUUACUGCGCUUGAAUGCCUGCCCCUGCCUGGCUCCCAGAAUUCAAUCCCAAGCUUCACGUGCGUACCACUCGCACCACCAUCCACUUCUCUCAAAUCCGAGAUCCUCUGCAUCGGACAGCCGGGUUCUGAUGACCUGGAAUCAUCCGGUCCGCGAAAAACAGGCUACGAUCUUAUUGAGAUUUCUGAAGGUCGAUUGCGCAGGUUGAUGCCCGGUGCUGACCCGCAUGACAACGAGGAGAUUGGGGCGCUGAGGCACGAUGCCUGGACGUACUGGGGUCAUUCCGGGGCGCCUUUGUUACGGCGGACUGAUGGUGUGUUACUGGGGUUGCAUUCGUCGUGGGAUGACACUACGGCUAUGAGGCAUGGGGUGCCGGUUGUUGCGGUUAGGGAGUUUCUCAGAAAGGAAUUUCCUGGGGGUUGGGUAGAGGAGCAGGGUAAUGGGGAGAAAAGAGAGGUGAUUGUAAUUGAUUGA